CUUAGCCUUUUUCACCCACAAAGUAUUGCUUUCUCAUUUCUCAUAUAGUAAGUGAGUGCUUAUACACGCAGAGUUCUCUAUCUCAAUCACCCUUUUCGAAAGAAAAAAAAAAAUUUAUAUAACUGAGUCUCAAUCAACCCACGUUGAGUACUGGAAGAUAAGAAAUGGCCAGCUCUAGGCUGCUGAUUGGUGCUGCAUUCUUGGUUUUACUCUUUGUGGACCUUGCCUUUGCUGCUAGAUCAUUAGGUGGUGGAGGAGGAGGAGGUGGUGGCAGUGGUGGUGGUGGAGGUGGUGGUUCAGGCCUUGGGUAUGGUUCCGGGUAUGGCUCGGGGUUCGGGUCUGGUGGUGGUUCUGGAUAUGGUGCAACAGGAGGAGGAGGAGGUGGUGGUAAGGGAGGAGGAGGGGGAGGUGGUGGAGGUGCUUCUGGGUCUGGAUAUGGGUCUGGAGGUGGCUCUGGUUAUGGGUCCGGAUAUGGGUCUGGUGGAGGGAACGGAGGUGGAGGAGGUGGUGGUAGUGGUGGUGGUGGAGGUGGAGGUGGAGGGAAAGGAGGUGGAAGUGGCUCUGGUUAUGGCUCGGGAUAUGGAAGUGGUGGGGGAUAUGGAAGUGGAGGUGGUAAGGGUGGAGGUGGUGGAGGAGGUAUGGGUGGAGGUGGAGGUGGCGGCGGUGGUUCCGGCGCUGGCUCUGGCUCUGGCUACGGCUCAGGCUAUGGAGAAGGAUAUGGAGAGGGGGGUGGCCAUGGUUAUGAUUUCCCAUGAACAUAAAAGGCUUAUUUGUUUUAGUAGCAUUUGAUGGUUUGGCUUUUGGCAUUUGUAAUUCUAAAAAUAAAAUUUGCAGCAGCCUCAUCAGUCAUCACCAUAUUACCUUAUGCAUGAAUAUGUGUUGGUGGAAGUUGCAUACGUACGUGCAUGUCUGCGAACUCGCACUGUAUUUUUAAGCAUUGUUACUACUAGCUAGCCUUACUACAUUUGUAUUACUCAUAUAUAUAAAAUAAAAGUUACUUUGUUGUGUUAUUA